AGGCCAACUUAGCCCUUAUGGCAUCAUUGUAUUUUUUUUUAAAUUUUUUAUUUUUUUAGCUAAACUAAUUAGCUAUGUAGCUAUCAAACUGGAGAAUUCUUCGUUAGCACUGGCUGCGCGCGCUGUUUGCCUGGUGAGCGUCAGACCUUUACAUCAGUCAUCAGCAAAUAUGAACUGCACUCUGGAAGGAAAUGGUGUCAAAGCAUUUGGGAAGGCUAUUCAUGCCCUGUCACGGAUCGGUGAUGAACUGUGGUUGGAUCCCAUGGUGAGAGGGCUGGCACUGAGAUCAGUGAAUUCUACUCAUUCUGCAUAUGCAUGCUUCCUCUUCUCACCACUGUUCUUCCAGCACUACAGCCUGGGAUCAGUGUCAGAGCAGAGCAGUGAAACCAUCAAAUGCAAACUGGUCAUGAAGUCUGUUCUUCCUCUGUUCCGCUGUUUGACUUCAAUUGAGCGUAACGUGGAACGAUGUCAGAUAUCAAUCAGUACUCCCAAUGACCGAGUGACAAUCCAGUUUUUCUGCAGGCAUGGCAUCACUAAGACCCACAACCUGUGUUUCCAGGAAAGUGAGGCUCUGCAGGCAGUGUUUGCCGCACACCUCUGUCCCAAUGCGCUGAAAGCUCCUGCCAGGCUUCUUGGUGACAUGGUGACACAUUUCCCAGUGUCCCAGGAGGAAAUCACUUUGUCCGUGACUCCUCUGAGAGUCAGUCUGAGAAAUUACCACGAGGGGGGAAAUGAUCACCUGAAGUUUAUGUACACUGAGAUGUCCUUACACCCAGACGAGUUUGACUACUUUCAGAUCGGAAUGGAGUCGGACAUAACCUUCUGUCUGAAGGAGUUAAGGGGUUUACUAUCCUUUGCAGAGUCACAUUGCCUUCCAGUGUCUGUCUACUUCACCGCUGCAGGAAAGCCUGUGUGCUUCUCCGUGGAGGAUGUGGUCCUGGAGGCUACUGUGGUGUUGGCUACUCUGAUUGACUCUGAAAGCAGGGGCCCCUCUCAGCCUACAGAGACGCUGGCCCCUACUACCCUCAGUUGUGCAGAUGCCGCUGUUCUACCUGUGGGUUCAUGUGAGGCAGACAGCAGUAAGGCUCAGGGUAUUCCUGCUGAGAUGGAGAUGGUAGCCUCCAGCCAGGGCAGCCCUAUAAUCAACCCGCCUGCUCUCAUGCUGCGUCUGCCUCAGACUGACAACCCAGAUGGACUCGGUGUAGAUGAUGAGGCCUGUGCCAGUGUUACCACAACUCCUGCUUCCUCCAUGAUCUGUUCUCUCCUGUUCAGGGCCUUAUCUUCAGAGCAGGACACUGAUGGUUGUGCUGUCAGGCUGCCUGUUCUGGCAUGUUACAGUGAUGGAGAGGAGAAUGUGGAGGAAGACUUUACAAGAAGCCCUUCACUCUAAGAACAGAGCUGUUACACACUUUUGUGAUGCCAUCAAAAGUAGGCCAUAACAGUCAAACAUAGUCCAAAUGAUAACUAAAAUAAUUUGUAUUUGAUGUACUUUGUAUUUUAAGCAGUUUUAAGUAUGUUGUUUUAUAGCUCACGUGUUGAUUUGCUUGCUUAAAUUGAUUUCAGUAUUGACUCACAGUGUUCAGUUGUAAAUUGCUAAGAGAAUGUAUUUAAAAUAGUUAUUUCUCAACGAAUAUGUCAGUGAAUUUUCUAUGACAGUUUCAGUGUGUGAAAUGCACUUGUCACAGCAUGUGAGGAAAAAGACUAUUUGCUCUUAUCUGUGAAAAUAUUACUUCAUCUUGACGAUACCACACCUGUCUGUUGAUGGUGACUGGUAGUGUGCCUGGUGUCUGAGGAAUGUGGGAGUACAC